UAUAGGGAGUCAGCGGUGUAUCAUCUGAUUCAGGGUCCGCGGGGCGGUGUUUUCAGCCUUUUUCUCCCCGAGAGCUGAGCAGUGCGAGGCCCGCCAUUUCCCCUCCUCAGUGGUCUUUUUCUUUCAUAGCGCUUUAAAGCCGAAACAGCGGCGGCAGCGGCAGCGGCAGGAGGCGGUGGAGGAGGAGGAGCAGGAGCAGCGGCGGCGACGGCGGCGGCGGCAGUGGUGGUGGCAGGCGAGGAGAGGAGAGGAGAGGAGACGCAGGGAUCCGGUGUGCCACAUCGGGAUGAGAGCGAGACAGAGACCCGGGUCGGAUGAGUCAGCGAGCGGACUCUGCAGUCACGGCAUCCCUGAAAUCUGAAUGAAUCAGAAGCGGAAGCGCAACAAGAAAGAUACAAAUUAACAUUUUUUGAUUGUUGUUGUUGUUGUUAGAUUCCGCUCCUCUUUAUUCCGCCCUCCCCUGGUCCGCGUCUGUCAUAGCCUAGUUGUGAUUUUUUUUUUUUUUUAAUUUCCACCAAGGUGGGAAAAAACGGGGGGCUCCGGCAAGGUUGCGGAGGAGGUGGAGGUUUUUAUUUUAUUUAUCUGAAGCCCAUAACCGAAGGCAGACCGAGGGGAAGCUUACAUUUUUUUUAAAGCCUUUUGUUGCACCGAAUGAGCGAAGAUGUCGGGGCAGAGCAUUACGGACAGGAUAACCGCAGCCCAGCACAGUGUAACAGGAUCCGCCGUGUCGAAAACUGUCUGCAAGGCCACCACUCACGAAAUUAUGGGCCCGAAAAAGAAACAUUUGGAUUAUUUGAUCCACUGCACCAACGAGAUGAACGUGAACAUUCCCCAGCUGGCUGACUCGCUGUUUGAGAGGACCACCAACACCAGCUGGGUGGUUGUGUUUAAGUCACUCAUCACCACACACCACCUCAUGGUCUAUGGCAACGAGCGUUUUGUCCAGUACUUGGCUUCAAGGAAUACACUUUUCAACCUCAGUAAUUUUUUGGACAAAAGUGGGUUACAAGGUUAUGACAUGUCCACAUUUAUCAGGAGGUAUAGUCGAUACCUGAACGAGAAAGCUGUGUCAUACAGACAGGUUGCCUUUGACUUCACUAAAGUGAAACGUGGAGUGGACGGCGUGAUGAGGACCAUGAAUACAGAGAAGCUGCUCAAGACUAUCCCCAUUAUUCAGAACCAGAUGGACGCCCUUCUCGAUUUCAAUGUCAAUGCCAAUGAGCUGACUAAUGGAGUCAUCAAUGCAGCCUUCAUGCUCCUCUUCAAAGACUCCAUCAGGCUCUUUGCUGCUUACAAUGAAGGCAUUAUUAACCUGCUUGAGAAAUACUUUGACAUGAAGAAGACUCAGUGUAAAGAAGGUUUGGACAUUUACAAGAAGUUUCUCACCCGAAUGACCCGGAUAUCAGAGUUCCUCAAAGUAGCAGAGCAGGUGGGGAUUGAUCGAGGUGACAUUCCAGACCUUUCACAGUUCACAGUUUGUGCUCCCAGUAGCCUUCUCGAAGCUCUGGAGCAGCACUUGGCCUCUUUAGAGGGCAAGAAAGUCAAAGACUCCACUGCAGCCAGCAGGGCCAGCACUCUGUCAAAUGCUGUCUCAUCGCUGGCCAGCACGGGGAUGUCUUUCACUAAAGUGGACGAGCGGGAGAAGCAGGCGGCUCUCGAGGAGGAACAGGCCCGACUCAAGGCUCUGAAGGAACAAAGGCUUAAAGAGCUCUCCAAGAGGCCCUCCUUCGCCACCACUGAUACAUCGCCUAUCUCCACCACUGGGGGCACGAUCAGCACAGCACCAGCCAUCGACCUCUUCUCUACACCCAGCUGCUCAAAUGGUGCAGUGAAGAUGGAUAGUGACCUUUUUGACCUGCAGUCAACCUUCCAGCCCUCCAUGCAAUCAGGCUCAACAGGGCUUCCAGUGGCAACAGCGUGGGCAGAUCCUUUCACCUCUGCUGAAGCUGGGGAUGAUUCCAUGCCAAACCUCAACCCUUUCCUCUCAAAUCUCGUUGUCGAUGCCACUCACUUACCUGUCGUGUCUUCAGACGGUGUUAGCUUUUCCUCUAGGACAUCUGGUCAUGAAAUGUUUGGUGAUCGUUACAAUCCCUUUAUUGACACAAACUCAUCCGUUUCAACCAAUUACAAACGCACAGUGCGGAUAGAACACUCCAUCUCAGACUCCUUCUGUGGUCCAGUGUCCAUUGCCCAGCACCUCCCACACCAGGCUCCCUUCCCCUCUGAGCCCUCUACUGUAGCAGGUCUAUUCAGAGGAUACUCAACGCCACAGGCCCCUCCACAGCAGUCAGCAGGGGGACUCCAAGUGGACUUUGAGUCGGUGUUUGGAGCCAAAGCCACAGGAAGCAACAGCGUCAGCUCUGAUGAUAUUACCGGGGGCAUCCUGAAACCUACCCUUGCCGGCUCCAGCCAGCCGUCCAGUCAGCAGCCAGAGAAGCUGGUGUCCGAUGACCUUGACUCCUCCCUGGCCAACCUUGUCGGCAACCUCGGCAUUGGAAACGGCACAAUGAAAAAUGACAUCCACUGGAGCCAGCCGGGGGAGAAGAGGAUGACCGGCGGCACCAACUGGCAGCCCAAGGCAGCGCCGACCACGACCUGGAACCCUGUUUCCAUGCCACCAUCAGUCAUGGCCUUCCCUGCCACCACACCCACAGGCAUGAUGGGAUAUGGCAUGCCUCCACAAAUGGGCUCUAUGGGGAUGAUGAAUCCUCCCACCAUGAUGUACACCCAGCCCGCGAUGAGGCCGCCCAACCCCUUUGGCUCUGUGUCCAGUGCUCAGCCCUCCGCAGCCUCUAGUCCUUCCAGCCAGAGUCCUCUCCGAGCCCCUGGACAGGACCCGUUUGCACACCUCUCUCUCAAGGAUUUCUUGUAGAGCAUCUCUUUAGAUGCAGUUCAUGUAAUUUGAAGAAAAGUGUCUCUCGGAAGAUGAAGCACUUAGCAGCAAAGCUUUGUCCUCGUUGCAGUCUAACUCUUCAGAGAAACAUUCACACACCCCCAAAUACAGACAUGUCAAGAACACAAUGGUGCAACGACUGUCAGAAACCAUGGUAACCAUGUCCAAAUGACGUUUGGCGAUAGCUCACACCCAUUAUUCUGUAACUUGUCCGAGACGUCGAGUGAUGCUGCUGUCUAACCCCCCCCUUAAGAGGAUUCCUUAUCCGUUUUACAGUGUAAUCUGUAAAGAUAGUUAUGGGUGCUGAGAAACUUCGAUGUUAUGUAUUUGGAAAUACUGUGGUUGGAUGUAAAGGCUUGAUGUUCAGCGGGGAGGUGGUGGAAGAAAAAGGAGAGCGGUCCUUCCCUUUCUUGAUCCGAUCAUCAGUCAUCCAUUCCCUACAGUUAUUUAACUGUCACUAAGUAGUGAUGCUAAUGACGUUUACACCUGUUUAGUUUUUGUCUUUUUUACCGUGUUUACAGUAGACAUUCCUUGUGUGUUGUUUGUAUUUAUUUAUGAUUAUUGGUUUAAGAUUGGGGAAAAAUAAUAAUGUAAAAUCUACAGUACAUUGAACACCUGUGGGAGUGCUUCAGCAUUAAACAAGGAUCUCUGACUAUCACUGAGAGGUAGAGUAAAAAAAAAAAAAAAAAAAAAA